AAAUUGCACCAUUUCCUGUCAAUCUGGUUGUGAAAUAUUUACCUGACCUAAUUUGAUUGCUGAUAACAGUAUAUAUAGGACGCUAUUCCCAUAACAAAUUACACAGAGCCCCUUUGGGCGUUUGCAGACAACAUUUGAAAUUUGCACAUCUUCUUUAGCAUUUCUAUUGCUUAAAUUUUAAAAGUCUACUUGGAAAAACCAAACCCUCCCAAGCGGAGAAAUCUUGAGUGGAAACAUCUCACUCAAAACAACGGUGUUGGAAAAAGGAAAGUUUUGCGGUAAGAGCUCUUGCACAAACCUGUUCAGCAAGAACGCAUCUACAUCUGAGAAGGGUUUGCAUAGUAUGCUAAGUAGAUCAAAACCACUUUGUCAAUAUUUUAAUACAAAAAGUGGUUGUAAAUUUAAAGAGAACUGUAAAUUUCUGCACUCCUCAACGAGUAUUUCCAAUUCACCUGCUCCAGAAAAGCAUGAUAAUGGAAAACCAGUAACUAAUUUGGAGGAAAAUUCUUCACUCUUGGAUACAUUUUCACAAUCAUUGUCCUUUGAAAAUCAGCAUCAUGAGGCAGUAAAAGAAAACAACAACACUCCAAAACCUUGUUUUUCCUUUGAGCGAUACGGAAACUGCAAGUAUGGAAAUAAUUGUCGCUUUCUGCAUGCAUUACCAUCAGAUGCAAAAGUAAAGACAUCAAAAUCUGCCAGAAGUUUUAUAGCAGACAAAAAGCCGCAGCAUGCAUCUAAGAAGACUAAACAUGAUAAGCAAGAUCAGGGACGAAGAAGAGUCUGCCACUUCUUUCAAGAGGGUCAUUGUCAGAAGGGUGACAAAUGUAGAUUUUAUCAUCCAAAUAGUGCCAAUAAAGUAGAGGUAUCAGAUUUCAUCCUUCAAGGGGAUAAAGAGGAGUUAGAGAUAGUGAGGAGCAGCAAUGGUUCUGAAGAAGCGAACAGGUCUGAUAGAGCAGCUGCUCUAGCUAACAAGAAAUAUGCACCAAGACCUGGACAAAGGAGAGCUCCACAUAUACCAGUUCCGCCAGUAAAGGAACUUAAGAGGGAAAGUCUGCUUGAGAAAGAAAUCGAGGAGCUUCGACUGACAGAGAUUGAGCAACUGAAGAAAAGGCUCGCAUCCUCAAACUUGGAUGUCAUUACUGAUGAUGAGAACAGUUUCUCUGUGCAGUUUGAUUUUUCAUCCACAGAUCCAGAUUGGCCAUAUGAUGUGGAAGUUUUCACCUUACAAGUCACCAUUCCAAGAGCCUACCCAUUGGAGAUGUUUAGUGUCAAAGUUCCUGAUGAACAACACCUACCGGAAACAGUGCGAAGGUUUAUUGAAACUUCUCUUGAGGAAUGGACAAAUACAAAACAGGCAGAGCUGAUAUCAGCCGGGGUUGUCAGACUGGAGUUUAGACCAUUCUUAAAAUGGCUGGACAGAAACCUUGAAACAAUUGUAACAGGAGCACUAAGACAAUUGAAGAAAGAACUUGAAGCAAAGGCAGCUGGGUUACAGUUCAUACCUGCAUCCAAACUUCAGGAAAAGGUCAAAGCUGGUGCUAGUGAUGAAGAUCAGGAGGAAGAUGAGGAAGACAGCGAGGAAGAUGAGGAUGAGAGCAACAUGUUUCGAGGAGUGGCUUAUAGGAAAAAAGAAGAAGACUUGGUGUACACAGGUCCACAGCAGCAGGUCGAAGAAUCUGAAUCUGAGGAAGAAGACAACCUUAUCGAGUCUGCCAUCAAUGACACUAAACCGGAGAAAAAUGAGAGGCGAGGCACUGAAAUAAAACUGAGGAACCUGACCCUCAAGGAUAAUGCUUCAACCCUGACCUGCAUUACUCUCAAAGUCAUCAUACAGUGUGGUCGCUGCAAGAACAAAAUGGAUGUCACCACACCCUCAGGGAGGCCAAACAUGGUCACCUGUUUAAAGUGCAGCUACCCCCAGAUCCUGACCUUCCGCUCUGCCAUCAUGCACCAGUUUUCUUCUGUUGUUGGUUAUCUGGAUUUAGAUGGAUGCAUUCCGUUUGAUCUCAUCCUCCAGGAUUGUGUGUUCAAGCUGGGGUGCUUUAGCUGCAACAAGGAGAUGAAAGCCAAAUCAAUGGCCUUUGGACAAGUAACCGACACAUGGUGUGCAAGCUGUCACAGUAAAAUGAAAAUGUCUGCUGAGUCAGUCAGAUUUGCACAGCUUGUUCCCUCAGAACCAGUAACAGAUGAGAAAGGCUUGCACAAAGUUCCAGUCUUGAAGCCCAAAAAGAAAACAAAGGAGCCAGAGAUCCAGUUAGGGCGUCCACUGCCUGCUGAUGGAACUUGUAAACACUACAAGAAAAGCUAUCGCUGGUUCAGGUUUCCUUGCUGCGGUAAAUGUUACCCAUGUGAUAUCUGCCACGAGGAGAAGGAAGGAGACCAUGAAAUGCUCCUGGCCACCAGGAUGAUCUGUGGGCAUUGUUGCAAGGAACAACCAUUUGCCAUGGAUAAAGCAUGUGUGGCCUGCAAGCAGUCAAUGACCCAAGUUCGCACCCAGCAUUGGGAGGGAGGCAAGGGAUGCAGAGACAAGAUCAAGAUGAGCAAGAAUGAUGCCAAAAAAUAUGCAGGCCAGUCAAAAACGGUUUCAAGGAAGACUCAAGAUAAACAGACAACUAAAAAAAAUACCAAGCUCCGUCACAACAGCAAAUAAUUCAGACAGUCGUUCGAAAACACUAGGAUGUAAUGUAAAGCACACAAUCAAGUCAGAGUGCUAAUUAUCUACUUAAUGUCCUAUAUGAACUGUUCUAUACAAAAACUAAAUAGAAAUGUAGCCAAUUAUGUACAGUAUGUUAAACACUUGAAUGGGAUGUUCUUGUACAUGUAUAUAGAAACUUGAUACAAAUCAUUGGGUUAGAUUUCCAUGAAACUAUAUAUACUGUGAAUAGAUUGAAGAAUUUUGAAAGUUUUAUAGAUACAAUAAAAAAAUUUUGAAUUUGAGAUUGAUCUUCUUUACAACAAAAUUAAGCAAUGUGAGAAGGCAUACAUGUA